AUGGGCCCGAGGCGAGAUCUAAACGGUGGCCCCUCCUUUCGUGGUGCCCGUGGAAAUGUGGUGGGCUGGUGUGAUGCCCACAUUGGGGAGGUGGUGGGCCACAGUGCCGGCGCUUGUAGUGGAACGGUGGAGGGCUGCUGUGUUCGUGGCUCCGUUGCACGUCGUGGCAUCCGCGUCGGGCAUGCUGCCAGUGGUGCCAGUGGGAGGGAAAAUGGGGGCUUAACG